CCACGGCGGCGGCGGCGGCGGCAGCGGCGGCGGCGCGAGCGGCGCCUCCGGGCCGGUGAAUCAUCCCGGCAGACACCGAGAGCCGCGGCAGCAGAGAGCAGCGCUGAAAAAUGGCUGAAGCGGGCACGGGCUUUCUGGAGCAGCUCAAGUCCUGCAUAGUUUGGUCUUGGACUUAUCUCUGGACCGUGUGGUUCUUCAUCGUGCUCUUCCUGGUCUACAUCCUGCGUGUGCCCUUGAAAAUCAACGACAACUUGAGCACAGUGAGCAUGUUUUUGAACACAUUAACACCGAAGUUCUACGUGGCUCUGACAGGCACUUCCUCACUAAUAUCAGGGCUCAUUUUGAUAUUUGAAUGGUGGUAUUUUCGCAAGUAUGGAACAUCAUUCAUUGAACAAGUGUCAGUAAGCCACUUGCGCCCCCUCCUGGGAGGGGUUGACAACAACUCCUCCAACAAUUCUAACUCCAGUAAUGGGGACUCAGAUUCCAACAGGCAAAGUGUCUCAGAAUGCAAAGUAUGGCGAAAUCCACUAAAUUUAUUUAGGGGCGCUGAAUAUAAUCGGUAUACUUGGGUGACAGGACGAGAGCCUCUGACUUACUAUGACAUGAAUCUCUCUGCCCAGGACCACCAGACGUUCUUUACUUGUGACUCAGACCACCUGCGUCCUGCAGAUGCAAUAAUGCAGAAAGCCUGGAGAGAGAGAAACCCCCAAGCUAGGAUUUCUGCAGCUCAUGAAGCCUUAGAGAUAAAUGAAAUUAGGUCCAGAGUUGAAGUUCCCCUAAUUGCUUCCUCUACCAUCUGGGAGAUAAAAUUGUUACCAAAGUGUGCAACUGCUUAUAUUCUCUUGGCUGAAGAGGAAGCAACAACCAUUGCUGAAGCAGAAAAGCUGUUUAAGCAGGCCCUGAAGGCUGGAGAUGGCUGUUACCGGCGUUCUCAGCAGCUACAGCAUCACGGAUCCCAGUAUGAAGCCCAACAUAGACGAGAUACCAACGUCUUGGUCUACAUCAAAAGAAGGCUAGCAAUGUGUGCCAGAAGACUCGGGAGGACCAGGGAAGCAGUGAAAAUGAUGAGAGAUUUGAUGAAGGAGUUCCCCUUGCUGAGCAUGUUCAACAUCCAUGAAAACCUUCUAGAAGCACUUCUGGAACUACAAGCAUAUGCUGAUGUUCAGGCAGUCUUAGCAAAGUAUGAUGAUAUAAGCUUACCAAAGUCGGCAACAAUAUGCUAUACAGCUGCCUUGCUCAAAGCAAGAGCUGUCUCUGACAAAUUCUCUCCCGAGGCUGCAUCUCGGCGGGGGCUGAGCACAGCAGAGAUGAACGCAGUAGAGGCCAUUCAUAGAGCUGUGGAAUUCAACCCUCACGUGCCAAAAUACCUACUAGAAAUGAAAAGCUUAAUUCUACCCCCAGAACAUAUCCUGAAGCGAGGGGACAGUGAAGCAAUAGCAUAUGCGUUCUUUCAUCUGGCGCACUGGAAGAGGGUGGAAGGGGCUUUGAAUCUUUUGCAUUGUACGUGGGAAGGCACUUUUCGGAUGAUCCCUUAUCCCUUGGAAAAGGGACAUCUGUUUUAUCCUUACCCAAUCUGUACAGAAACAGCAGAUCGAGAGCUGCUUCCAUCUUUCCAUGAAGUCUCAGUUUACCCAAAGAAGGAGCUUCCCUUCUUCAUCCUCUUCACUGCCGGAUUGUGUUCCUUCACAGCCAUGCUGGCCCUCUUGACACAUCAGUUCCCGGAACUCAUGGGGGUCUUUGCAAAAGCUAUGAUUGACAUUUUCUGCUCGGCAGAGUUCAGGGACUGGAAUUGCAAGAGCAUUUUCAUGCGUGUUGAAGAUGAACUGGAAAUUCCACCGGCACCUCAAUCUCAGCAUUUCCAAAACUGAACUCAUCACGCUCUUCCCCCACCACCAAAACCACCCCUCCUCCUGUAUUCCUGACCUCUGCCAUUGCCUCUGCCAUCCACCCAGUUACUCAAGCCAGAAGCGCAGCAGCCCUCCCAGGCUCCUCUCUCACUCUCCACACCCUACCUGUCUCAGCUUCCAGUCUGUCGGAUCUAACCUCCAAUGCUACUAGGCGUUCAGUAAAUGUAAUUCAUCCCUACUUAGCCCCUUCUCUCCCCAGAGCAUCUCUCUCAGUUUAGGUCUUGUUAUUUCUUGCUUGGACUCCUCUGCCAGAGUCUUAACUGGUCUCCUUGCUUCCAGUUCCAUCCCCUGCCAGUCCUUCUCUCGUACUGACACAAGAAUGAUCUUUCUAAAAUGCAAGUCUGAGCAUGUCACUUCCCUGCUUGAAUUUCUCCAAAGGUUUCCCACCAACUUCAGAAUAAAGUCCCAGAUCUUUAGCAAGGCAUGCAAGGUCCUUUACAAUCAUGCCUUGCUUGCCUCUUCAGCCUCAUCUCUCCCAGCUCUUGCAUAGACACUGCUCUUAGACCAUAGUGACUCACCACUCCCAGAUGCACAGGCUCUUGUACACCUCAGUGCCUUUGCACGUGCCUUUUGCUCUGCAUGGAACGCCCUUCCCUAUCACCACCUUGGCUUGUCCACUCUACUAACUCCUCUUCACUCUUUUACACUCAGCUUUCUAAGUUUCUCCCAAGCUGAGUUAGAGGUCUUUCCUCCGUGAUCCCACAGUAUUCUAUGAAUACCUAUAUUAUCACACUUAUUGUACUAUAAUUGUUAAAAACUUGUCCGUCCCCCUUUUAGAAUGUGAGCUCCUUGAGAGCAGGACUGUGUCUUCCUCAUCUCUGUAUCCCCAAAGCUUUGCACAGUGCCUUGCACGUAGUAGGUUUUCAAUAAAUGAUUAUUAAAUAAA